AUGGAGGCGCGGCAGCAGAAGGAGGCACUCGCGCAGCAGAAGCGAGAAGAAAGUGCCCUGAAAAAAGAAAAGGCCAUGAUCCGCAAGGAGGCGCUGGAGAAAAAGCGGGAUGAAAUGGCGCAGCAGCGAAAGCGAGCGGCGCUCCUAAAGCAGCAGCAGCGUGAUGCCGCCAAGGAGCGCCGGCAAAAGGCCAAGCUGGACAAAAAAGAGGAGGCAAUGCGAGCGAAGCAAGCCAAGGCGAGUGAGGCACUAAUGUUGGCCGAGGCGCAGCAGCGGCAAAGGGCAGUAGCGGAGAUGGAUCGCAAGCAGCGUCGUCUGCUGUCGAUCACGCCCUUUCAGCCGCGGCACCCCGGGUUGAAGCAGAACCUGCUCAACCCGGUGCAACGGCACAUGCUUCUCAAGGUGCUUGUGAUGAUGCAGAUGCAGCGUGAGUGGCUUGCUCUUGGCGACCCCGGUACGCUGAGUAUGUAUGGCUUCCCUUUUACCUCAUCGACGCCGUCUCAGCGGUCCUCAAACUGGCAGCUGCGCCUAUUCCGCAAGCAAAGUACAGAGCUGCCGCCUGAGCCGCCUAUGCCCUCAGAGGAGCCAUUGAUUUUGCGCCAUCUGUUCCAAGUCCAUCUCCGGUACCUGCCGGGACUGCGCGAUGCUCCAUUGGAUUACUGGCAGAAGCACAUCCAGAGCAUCAUUGAGGCAUUCGUGAACAAGCGGGGGGAGAUUGUGCUGACGCACCUGCUCUCGCUCAUUGGUACGCAGUACCUGGGCCUCUUCUUCGCACGCGGUGUGGGUGUGCGGGGCGAGCAUGAGCUGCGAGGUCCGGGCGUUGGUGAUCCAGGUACAGAAAGGUGGGGCGUCGGCAAGGGCUGGGGUGCCGGCACUGUCAAGCGCGGCUUGGCGCGACCCUAUGUCUUGACAGACAAAGAUUACGACCUGAUCGACUCGUUAUUUACCGGCGACGAUCUGCAGGUCUGGCAGGAAGCAGGUCGCGAGUCGGAGCGGAUUCAGUCAGACUGGAACGCAUUCAAGGAAACCAUCAUUGAGCAGGAGACGGGACUGCAGGACAUGGUGGCGUAUCUGUCAGUGAGCCAUGUGGACAAUCUGCCCGUGGAGCUGCAGAACGCCGAGGAGUGGGUGCGGGUCCAUGUGGCCAAAGUCUUGCGGUGGCUCUUUGUGGCGUCGCCAGCGGCCGAUGGGCUGUUCAACUUUGUACGCGUGGUGCAUAUGCUUUUUCCAUACUGGGCUGUGCGGCAGGCACUGAUGGUAACGAAUGCGCAAACGAUGGUUCAGCUGCUGGUAUCGAUCCUCCUUGCGCAGCCUGCCGGCGCCGACUCGCUCUUCCAGCGCAUCGUCAGCCACUCAAUCGGCAAAGAAGCUACGACAGUGCAAAAAGAGCAGAUUGACCCGCUGCUCCAGGAGAUCUCAGAGCCGAUGCUCGUGCACAAGGUGGAAGCCUAUGUGCGCCAGCGCACAGUGGAAGAGACGACAAAAAUGCACGCCGAGUCGGACCGACAAGGCGACGAUAUCCUCACUACAAUUUUGCUGUCGAACCUGGCGCCGGAACUGGACGAGCCGAUGCAAGACCACGUCUUGGCCAUGCAAACGGCCUUUGCCGCGUCGCCGUACCGGGCGAACCUCGAGCUCGCAUACCCUGCGUCGAUGCGUCAGGACCCGAGCUCGUCGUCAGCACCCGAGUGGGAGGCGAGCGGUCCUGUCCAGACCCAAGCGCGAACCUUUGCGCUACUGAAGCUGCUCCUACGUGCCAUGCUGGCCAAGCACGACCGCACGCGUCUAGCCAAACUGCUUAGCUCGAGUUUGUUUGUGGGCUUUCUCAAAGAGUCGCUCACACAUGUAUUUUAUGGUGGCUUGCGCCAGGUGUCCAAGGCGGCGGACCUGGGUGGGCGUCUUGGGGACCUACAAAAGAUGCUAGACGACAUGAUCGAGAUGCGCAAGUCGGAUGACAAUUCGGAGAAGCGGUGGAUCGAGUGGGCGACCCAGCACCACGAGUUCCUCUACUUUUUCGCCCACGAGAUGGCCCCUGUGCUGGGGCCCAUAUGGGAGUGGUGCCAGGCGAGCCUGGACUUUUUGUCCCUGUCGACUAGUGACCCGCAGCACCCCGACGACCGCCGCGCGCAGGACAUUGAGGUGAAUUUGGAUGAGAUGUUGCACGACAAGCGCAUCACAGACGAUGAUGUCGAAUGCAUUAUGGAAGAGCUCAACGCACUCAUCCACUACAGCCGCUGGUCUAAGAUCCGGCGCGAGAUUGAGUACCGGUGCAUGUAUGUGCAGACGAGCGCGCAAGAGGAUGUGCCCUUCUCUGAGAAGCCGUCUGAGAAGAUGCUUAGCGUCGUGCAAGAUGCGCAUGCGCUCUUUCUUGACCUCUUGGACGAAGAACGUGUGAAAGCCAACGACGGUCUGUGUGACGAUGUGCGUGGCUCGGAGCGCGAUCAGUUGCCAUGGGCCGUGUUUGAUGUGCCGGACCCCCUCGGCCAGUCGAUCCGCGCCGAGCCCAUGUCGGAGCAGCAUCGCGUCCGUGAGCCCCGCUCGCCCCUGUCCGGGCCGUCUUUGGUAUACACACGCAAGCUCCAGCCACUGUUCCGUGAGCUACUCGUGGCCGAGCUGCCCGACUGGCUCGACCAGGAUAUCAACGGCCCGCCCAAACCACCGCCCAAGCAGUUGGCCGCGGCGUCGAAGCAGCUGUUGCGGCAGACGCGCGCAUAA